GUCCAAAAAAACUAAAAAAAAUAAUAAGCAAAAAAAAAAAAAGCAGUAAAACCGCAGUAGUAGCAGUAGCCAAUUUUAGUUUUUAGUGAGAGAGAAAAAGGCAUAAUCAAUUAGGGCUUGGUGGGAAAGUUGCCAGGUUUUGAUGAGCUGAAAUGAACAAAAAAAAAUUAUAUGGAAGUAGUCAGUUUAAGGUGAUGAGGGGAAAGUAAGUUAGUUUUUCACAUUUCAAUUUAGUUUUUUUAUUGGUAAAGUGGAUUUUUCAGUGAAAAAAAAAAUGACAACAGAAUCGAACACUGAGUUUCAUCAUGAAGAUAGUUUAGCUUCUAUUAUGAAUCGGCACGCUAUAUCUUUCCAAUCAGCUGCUAUUGACAGUAGUUCCGAGAUGAUUCCGAUGGGUGGUUACUUUGCACCUCCGCCCAUGAUUUUUCCUGGGAAUUCCAGUAUUAUUACCACCUCCCCUGCCUUAAUCCAACCUGGAAACUCUUCUGGAUCUUCCCUCCUUCUUGACUCGGUUGCAGGGCUCAAGCAGGAUACAGGAUUGGCUGUCGAAUGGUCUGUUGAUGAACAGUACAUAUUGGAGGAUGGCCUUGAAAAGUAUAAAGAGGAACCAAAUAUUAUGAAGUACAUAAAGAUUGCGGCUACCUUGCCUGAUAAAACUGUACGUGAUGUUGCAUUGAGGUGUAGGUGGAUGCAAAGAAAGCGAAGGAAACCUGAGGAAUUUAAUGUGGGAAAAAAGGUGAACAAUAGGAAGGAUAAGCUGGUGGAAUCAUCUUCAAAGAUGAAUAUGCCUUCAGCUCUGCAGCAAAACAUGGCUGCAUAUCCUCUCAUGAUGCACCAUCUGGACCAGAAUGAACGAAUGCCUUCUGAAGGAAUAAGUGGUACAACUAUGCAUCUAUUGAAGCAAAAUGCUCAAGCUUUUAGUCAGAUCACUUCCAAUCUUUCUGCAUACAAGUUACAGGAUAACAUUGAUCUCUUUUGUCACGCAAGGAACAAUAUUACCACCAUCCUAAAUGACAUGAGAGGUAUGCCAGGUUUAAUGAGCCAGAUGCCGCCAUUGCCUGUAUCUGUUAAUGAGGAUUUAGCUAAUAGUAUCUUGCCUGGUGCAUCUAAUGUGUUGCCUAGUGCAACUCAGUCAAUGAUUUUUGGCUCACCAAACAGAAUCCAUCUCAAGCAGGAACCAAGGUGCUGAUAGGGAAUUGUUAAGAUUGAGGUUGAAUAUAUCUGGUCUGUGUAAUUACAAAAAUUUUUCUACUGUAAAUGCAUAAGAAGCUGGUAGGAUGCUCUUCUUCCUCGUGUACACAAAUACUCAUCACACAUUGGGUGCCACAAUGGAAAAAGUGUAGAGAUCCCAUUUUUGGAACCUGAAAUGUUUACCUCAAGCACCAGAUAAUAAGAUUGCAGACUGCUCAUCAUCUCCUGGCUCCAGGGAGGGAAAAAAAUCUCUUAACAGAUUCAGCUGAAUUAAAAUAUUGAAGCUUCAGGUGUAUAAUUUAUGACUUGCUACACCUUGGAGUGGAUCCUUAUUUGGUGCUUGAUUUAUAACUGCUUGUAGUAUGUUAACUUCUUGUUUCAGUAUUAGGCCAAUUCAAAUGCUUGAUCAGGUCAAUUUCACUGAGUUAGGAUUCGUUAACCGGUAGUUUUCAUUUUAUUUCCUUCUACAACCUGACUUGGAUAAAAUGUGAGUCGGUUUGGGAAUUCAACUCCAAGAUUUCAAGGUAUAGAUACAGAAGUUGUAGGCAAAUUUUGAAGAUAGAGAGAUCCAAAGCCUGAGUUUAAAGGAUGCUUCUGAAUUCAGAUUAUGAAGGGGGCAGAUUACACUGCAGCAAACCCAAAUGUGGAUUCAGUUCAGCACAUUCAAAUUGAACUAAAACCCAUUAAACCAACCCAUUCCCACCGUCAAAGUCACUCAGCCUUCUACAAGUGCUAAAAGAAAGGAGGGAAAACCUUUACAAGACAACUCUACAAUAUAGCUAGUGGAAGAAUGAAAGCUUCAUUGGGAAAA